AUGGCAGUAGCUAAUCCAUGCCACCAGAAGGAGUGGAAUGAAUGGAAGGAAGAGAUGGAGGAGAACAGGAAGAGGAGAUGGAGGGAGAAGGUGAGACGUUGGGCUAAGGUGGAGGUGAGCUAUGAGGAGGAAGAUGGGGAGGAAGAUGAGGCAGAAGACACAGACAGUGAGGAAGAGGAAGUGAGCAAAGACGAGGAAGAAAAUGAAGCAGGUGAGAAGGGAGAAGGAGAGGAGGAGGAAGAGGAAGAGAUGGGUAUGAGGGAAGCAGAGGAUAUGGAGGAAGAAGGAGAAAAUAAUGUAGGGAGAGGGAUUAAGGAGACAAAAAAGGGAGACAGAGAGGUGGUUGAAGCACUUGAAAAGGUAGACAUGGAGGAAGAAGGAGAAAAUGCGGUGGAGAGUGAGGUUAAGGAGAAUGAGGAGGUGGAUAAGGAUGAGGAGAAAGAGGUGAAGAACGUAGAGCAACUGGUGGAAGGGGAGGAAGGAGGAGAAAAUGAGGUGGGGGCGGUUAAUGAGGAUGAGGUAGUGGAGGUGGAAGUGGAGAAGGAGGCAACAGAAGCGGAAGAAAUGGAGGAAGAGGAGAUUAGGGUAGAGAAUGAGGUUGAGAAAGAAGUUAAAGAGAGUGGGGUGGUAGAGGAAAAGGAGGUGACGGAAGCAGAAGAAAUCCAAGAAGAGCAGAAUGAAGGAGAAGAUGGGUUUGAGAGGGAUGUUAAGGUGAAUGAGGAGGUAGGUGAGAAAGAAGACAGGCAGGUGAGGGAAGAAGAGCAGGAAGAAGGUGAAGAUGAUGGGGAAGAACAGCACCAGGACCAGGAACAAAUUGGACAAUAUCACCUAGCAGAGCAAUUCAGAGAACAGGUGAGAAGAACUGAGGAUGAGAACAUUCAGCAAAACAAAGAAAGUAGAAGGGAAGAAAACAAAACAUUCAAUGAGGAAGAGAAAUUGUCAGAUUCAGUGGAAUCCGAUAAUGAAGAUUCUGACUUGGUGGGAUCUGAAGAUGAAUGUUACAACUUUGAAAAGAUGAAGGAUGGCAGCAACCAACAACAAAAGGAUCCUGAGGAACUGGAGGAUCCUUAUGAAAAGUCACAGAGGAAUGAAAGCAGCAUCCUAGGAGCGCGGAGUUCUACGGAAAGAAAAGAAGAGGAAAGUGAGAAGUUGACAGAUCAGGAAGAGGCUGUCGCAGAAUCUUGGACAACUCAAGAUGAAGAGUUUCAAGAUGACGAGAAAAAGCUACAUGAGGAAAAGGAAGAGUCUGCUGAGGACGAUGAAGCAGAGCAUUCAACAGACGAAGACGCAGAUAGUGAUGAUGAAGAUGUGGUAAAGAUUUACUGCAAAGAAGAUUAUCACACAGAUGUAUUCGGCACCUUGACAGAGUUCAGGGACUCCUUCCUUCUGACCGACCUUACUUUGAGGACAGAGGAUGGAAGGAGUUUCCACGUACACUCCCUUGUUCUGGCUGCUGUCAGCUCCCUCAUCCGGCAAAGUCUCAGUAGAAGCGAUGUAGAAAACUAUAGAGUCAAAGAAAGAAAAGACAAUGCUACAAAUGUUGGAGUCCACAACUGGUCAGUGACUCUGGGUCCAGAGGUAGAUCAUGUUGGAUUAGAGGCAGUUGUGGAGUUUGCCUAUACUGGACUCAUAUCGCGUUUGAACAAGGACACUGUGCAUCAGAUAAAGGCGGCUGCUCAAACACUGGGUGCUCCCAGGGUGCUGGGUCUCUGCAUUGAGGAAGAGGAAAAGUCCACAAAAACUGAAGGGCAGAAUACAGAGGAAAGGAUCUCGGCUGCAGACCAAAUGAUGAUCAGUCUUCAGUCAAUCAAACAGUUGUGGAUGGAAAGAGUGGGCUGUGAUGUCAUUCUGGAAGCUAUCAGAGGAUCGCUUCAUGUCCACAGAGUCAUUCUGGCUGCGUUGAGUGACUAUUUUCGUGGCAUGUUCACCUUGGGGAUGAAGGAGUCCCACCAGCGCUGUGUGAGCCUUCCCUCCCUUUUGGCUUCAGAGCUGGAGGUUCUGAUUGACUGCUCCUACAGCGGGGCUCUACCGCUCAGCUGGAGGUGCGUCUUUGAGAUCACCAGCACUGCUCUCCAGCUCCAGUACCAACCAGCCCUCUCCUUGUGCCUUAACUUCCUGCAACAAGAAAUAAAUCCUCACUCCUGCCUGGAUGUGGCAUCUUUUGCUAAGGCUUAUGAGAUGGUGCAACUUCUUGAGGUUGCAGAGGAUUUCGUCUUGCGACAAUUCGAAAAGGUGGCAUGCACCGCAAAGUUUCAGGACCUGCCAGCCAAACAGCUCCUAAAGUACCUGAACAGUCACUCGCUCUGUGUUCCAUCUGAGCUUGUUGUAUUCAAAGCAGUGGUGGCAUGGAUCCAAGCAAAGCCCAAGUACAGACUGAGGCUUGCUAAAGAACUUAUGAAAACCAUCCACUUUCCCCUGAUGACAUUCAAGGAAUUCAAAGAAGUCCGUUCUCUGAACAUGUGGUCUGAUCACAGCCUGGCAGAGCUCUAUGAAGCAGUGUUUGAGGAUUUCUGCUCAAAUGAAACUGCACCGCAGAGACAGUGCCGCAUCUAUAUGCCGAAAGAGAGUCUGGUCUUGAUUGGAGGUGAUCAGAUAUCUGUAGACAUGUAUCACCGCAGAAUUAGUAGAGAAAUCUGGUUUGGGAAUUCCCUAAAGAAUCAUACAGGUAUAAUAAAGGACAUGGAGUGGAGAAGGUUGGGAGAGAUGCCAGAGCCAGCGAGGUUCAAACAUGAGGUGACUGUGCUCGAUGGACAACUAUACGUGUUUGGAGGGAAGAAGUAUUAUGGCAUCAGUGACACCCUGAAUUCUGUUUACAGGUAUGACCCCCUUCAAAACAGCUGGGAGAGCCUGGCUGAAAUGCAGGAGAAGAGAUGCUCUUUCUCUGCGGUUGUGCUAGAUGGAAAGAUAUAUGCCAUCGGUGGACAUUGUGACCCUGACUGUAGAGAGAGUGUGGAACGAUACUGCCCCACUGCAAACUCAUGGAGGUUCACCUGUUCCUUGGAUCUGCCUCUGAGUGGCCAUGUAGCAAAAGUUUUACAAGGGCAGAUCUUUGUCUCGGGAGGGCUGAACAACGACCAAUGUCUUUCAUCUAUGUUUCUGUAUCACCCAGAAACAGGAAGCACUUAUUUGGCAAACAUGGCAAAACCUCGAGCUCAUCACUGCAUGGACGUCCUCGGUGGAUGUCUUUAUGUGGCAGGUGGAAUCACCACAGAUGAUAACAUGACUUUUGUUGACCAGCUAGCUUGUGAGGUGUACAAUCCAAUGGCUAACUCCUGGACUGCCUUCACAUCUCUGCCAGCGCCACAUGUAGGAGCAGGAAGUGCAGUUUUGGAGGGAAAGUUUUAUGUGCUGGGUGGGUACAGUCAGGAGGAUGACAGUGACACGACGAGGGUCCAUCGUUAUGAUCCCACCACACAGAGAUGGGAGAACAUGGGCAGGAUGCCUGGGCCGAACAAUGACAUACGUGCGUCUGUGCUGUGUUUGCCAUCACAUUUGCGGUUGUAA